AUGGAUGAACUUGUGUUUUUCAGAGGAAUGGCUCCUGAUCCAAACACUUUCGAUCGAGUAUUCAAAUUUGUAAUUCUUGGAGGAAAAUCGGUUGGAAAGAAGACACUUCUACGUUCGUUUUGCACAGAAGGAGAUGAUGAAAGCAUUUGGACAUCACUGACUGUUGAUGAUGAGAAAGUGUUGAUUGAAGCCACUGUUACACAGAAAUGGGAAGAAGGAAUGUCGAAAGAGAAUGAUGCGAUUGCUCUUGUAUUCUCAACCACUGAUGUUUAUAGUUUCGAAUACACUCUCGAAUUAUACAAUGAAAUUCAAAAAACAACAGAGAAAAUUCCGUUGGUUUUUAUUGAAAAUAAGAUGGACAUUGUUGAAGAAAGUCAAAUGGAAAAGACGCUGGUAGAAGGAGAAUUGAGAAAAAAACAUAAACGAUUAUACAGAGUAUCUGCAAUGAAAGAGUUCAAUGUAAUGCAUCCUUUCGCUUAUUUAAUCGAAAAGCUUACUCGCCAAAAGAAGGAUGUCAAUGCAAAUGAAAGAAAACAGUCUUCGUCUGUAACUUCGUCUACUGCAACUCCACCGUCAUCUACUGAAGCUUGGGGUGAACCUUCACCUUCAGAAAGCAAUUCAACAACUCUUCCUCUAAACAAAAAAGAUAAAUGCAUACUCAUGUAA